AUGGAUAUCGUGGCUCCAGAAUCUAUAAGGCCACAUUUAAAAGCUUCUACUAGAAAACAUAUUUUGAAAAGGAAAAAGAUUGGGUCUACUAUAUUAAUAGAAUCGCCAGUAAUUCUAGAAAAGCAGCGACCUGAGGAAGAUAAACGAAUGAAAGAGGCCAAAAAAGCGCAUACAGCUUCAAAAGUGAAGGCCGUACAGGUUGUUACGAAUAAUCUAUUUGCAGAUUCCACUGACACCCAUGUAUCAAUGGAAAAUCUGUGUGAUGACGAAUCUGAAGUUUCAGAUGAAUUCCCUGAAAGUGUGGUCCUGAAAUAA